AUGAGAGUAACAACUACCCUUCUUUCUUUGUGCCUCCUAAUUGGACCCACUCCCUCGCAAGCACAAGACCACCGAGAUCUAGGAGGGAAUGGCGGAGGAUUUGGAUCUAAGCUAUUGAACUAUUUUUCUAGUGGUGGAAGUCGCCGAGAUAGCUUUCCGGAGGAAGAUUUGGUAAGCAUCACUUGCGAUGCCGAAUUUGCCUGCAGUUGCAAUGGUGGAGAUUCUACUUUUGUUUGCCGAGAAAAAACAUGCAACGAUGGAACAACUCGCAUGAAGGCAAAGUGCGUAAACGUUGCUCGAGCAAGGCCCAAUGAUGUUUGUGGUUGCUGCGGCGAAGAGUGUCCCAACCGAAACAAGUGGAACACUUUUGACCGGUGGGAGAAGGACUUUUACAGCGAGGACGAUUCGGACGAGGACGAGCAAUCGGAGAACUUUGAAGAUAAUCCCGAUCCAACUUCCAGUCCUACUGUCGAACCUAGUCCACAGCCCACGGUCGCUCCUGUUGUGGCUCCGACUGAUGCUCCUGUUCCAGAUCCGACUGAUGCUCCUGUUCCAGAUCCAACGGAACAGCCUUCUAAGCAGGCGUCUGGCAAUCCAACCACUGCUCCGUCCCGACCACCCACUAAAGCUCCAUCGCCAGCACCAACGGUCGCUGGUUCAGAAGCACCAACCGACCCACCAGUCCCAAGACCAAUUGAUCCAAGUCCAAGUACUUCAACCUCUACCCUUGAGGUGACCCAGGAUGAUUCCGACGAACCCUUGCCACCAGGUGCCAUAACGGUCACGGAAUACCUAGGAACCUCCGUCACCUUUACCGUUACUCAAAAGUGGAAGACGUCGGAUAGCAUCAGUUGGAUUGCUCUCGCUUACGAUCAAGCUGCGGGCGAUAUGUUUUGCAAUGAAGACGAUAAACGGACCACGGUAGACUACAAUGAGGUCAACACCUAUACUGCACAAUGCGAUGACAAUACUGCGACGAUUGAUCUUUUCGUCCACGAUGGUAGCUUUUCCGGAUCUCAAGCCAACAUUCGAGGUUGCAAUGGCUGGGGAAAUCCGGAUAAGAUUGCCUAUUACUCCAUCACCUUGUCUUGUGAUGGGUCUAGCGUAGCAGCCACCACCGCUACCGCGACUUUAAAUGAAAAUGGACUUGAAUUUCCGCUGGGCGUAGAGGAACAACUUCCAACGAGCUCACCCACAAUCAGAGGGGCAGCCUUUGGAGGCACCUCUGUCACUGCCGAGCAGCAAGCAGGAGUGGAUGAGGAAAUCAAAAUGAGGAGAAUCUACUUGGGAGCGGGUGCCGGUCUCGUCGUCCUUAUAUUGUUGGCUGUCGCAGUCAAGAUGUGUUGCUUUCGCAAGCCAAGAAAGUCGUGCAGAUGGAGCUGCGUCAAUGAGAAAGAUUCAUUCUGCGAUACAAUGGAACCAGCAGGGGGAUCAAAAUAUUGCUACAUUAUGUUUCCUUCUUCGGUAAUGCGUCAUUCCUCCAGGUUGAUGAUGACACCUCCUUGUUCUUUGCAAUCAUCACCAAGGAUUGUAAAAUCCGUCGUUCCGUCAACGACUUCAAGGUCCUUGUCCACAGCAACGGAUGAUUCAAACACGAGCCUAGCCUUCACUGAUCGAGUGGAAACUACGAUUGAUAAUGAUGGAAUUGCUCGAGUUGUCCUCAAUCGACCAGAUAAACUAAAUGCCUGUGAUCUCGCCAUGUUUGAAGCGGUGGCCGAGACGGCAUCCAAACUACGAGAAGAUCGAAGUCUGAGAGCGGUUCUAGUUAGUGGAAAAGGACGAGCAUUUUGUACGGGAUUAGACGUGAAGUCGGUCGCCAAGAGUCCUCGGCAAACGAUUCGACGACUUCUAGAGCGACCGUCGGGGUAUGGUGUGGAAGGAAAUGAAAUUGGUAAUUUGGCCCAAGAUGUCAGUUAUCUUUGGCGUGAGUUGCCAGUGCCAGUGAUUGCUGUUCUCCAUGGCAUGUGUUUCGGAGCUGGUUUGCAAAUUGCCUUGGGUGCCGAUAUGCGAUAUUCCACUCCCGAUUGUCAAUUGAGUAUCAUGGAAGGAAAAUGGGGCCUGAUACCCGACAUGGGAGCAUCGAUAACUCUUCGAGAAUUGGUCCGAAAGGAUGUUGCAAAAGAGCUCACAAUGACGGGGAGGAUUGUAACUGGAGACGAAGCAGCAAAACUUGGACUGGUCACUUCAAUCCACGAGGAUCCCAUGGAGUACGCUGUGCAGAUGGCACAGAAUCUUGUUCAAAGGUCACCAGAUGCGGUCGCCUCUGCCAAAAAAAUGUAUGAUUCUAGCUGGAACGCAUCCGAAGAAGAGUGCCUAAAGUUGGAAACGGAGUUGCAAGAGAAGCUGAUGAUAUCAUUCAAUCAAAUGGCAGCUUCGGGUCGUGCUUUUGGAGUCGACGUUCCGUAUUGGAAGCGAAAAUAG